AUGCUUAUAAAAGACUCAAUAACUUAUAGAAUGGAAAAUACCUUCGGAGCACUGUAUCUUUUCCUGCUCUUCCUCUCCAACACUCUAUCCGUACAAUUUCAAAAAAUUCAAAACCCUAAAUACUCGCAAUUUCCUUCGUCUCCGAACAUUCAAAACAAUUCUCCCCUCCGUCCCGUUUUCCGAUCAGAAUCAAAGAUAACUGUCUGUAGAACUAUGGAUGGCCUUUGGGACCCACCUGAUUAUCAAGCAAUUGAAGACACUGAUUGCAGAAAUGAUGGAUGCCAGUGUGCAUUUUGUCUUGCUAAUGAUGUAGCAGAAGAGGCGGCUGUAAAUGAGAUAAGUUGCAUAGAGGUGCUAAGGAUUUUGAUAAGCAAAGCAGAUACUGACAUCAUUGGACUUGAAGAUGAACUUACGGACUUACUGAGUCAACUCGCCUGCACUGAUGAAGAGUUUUCAAAUAUGUAUUCUAUGUGCUUGAGAAAGGAGAUUGAUUUUCUUGAUCGAUCAAUAAGGAAAUUAAAGGAUGAUGCUGGAGAUUCUUUGUCAACAACAACCAGGAAACCAGCUGAAAGCAUGCUUGACAUGCUCAUGUCUCUUUUCCAUCGUUACAUACAAAAGAAAGAUAAACAGCUUGCAGAUAAUAUCAAAAAUAUUGCAAGCUCCAGCUGUCAAGUGCAUUCAGAAAUUCCAUUAAAUGAGAAAAAACAAACAGGAAGCUCUUCAAAUGCUAAUCAAAUGGAGAAAAACAAAAAAGUCAUCAACACUUCAUUGGAGAAACAUAAAAUUUCACAGACGAGAGUCAAGACUGAAGAAGUAGAAGAUUAUACCGGUCUUUCUCGGGGCUCCAUGGAGAAGUGGGAAUAUCAGCUUGUAAAAAUCAAGUCCCAGACUGAUGAUGAAAGUAUAGGUUCCAUAGAAUCAUCAUCCAUACCAAAGGCAAAUACAGACAGAAACUUGAAUCCAGAUGAUGUCCAACUCCAAGAAUCAAAUGUCUCAGUUUCUACCAAGAUAUACAAAAGGAGAGAGAAACUUAAUGAUUCACCACCAUUAAUGUUGCAGACAAGCUCAAGAUCACCAUGCCUAUUAAUUGAAGGUGCUGAUGUGGCAAACAUGUAUAUGGAUUGUUAUAAACUAGAUGAUUUGCGGGCUAUUGCUAGGCAACGCGGAUUAAGAGGUUACUCUAAACUUCGCAAAAUAGAACUCGCACAGGCACUAGGAAUCAAGAUUGUUGAAGGUGUAUACACAGGAAAAAGGAAGCAGAAAAGAUAGGAGAUGGUGGUGUGGUGUGGUGAAACUGACAUAGUUUGACUCAUAGGUAUGGCUGCUUGAUGGUUGUUUAUAUACAUUGAGGGGUAUAUUAUAUAGAAAUGAAAGAAUGAAUCCGUAUUAGAAUUGACAUGCUAGAUAUAUACUUGUUUUGAUAGUGAACCCUACGGGAGAUAUAGUGAUGUUGAU